AUGACCUUUAUAUUUCAAUGCCACGAUGAGCAGACUACUCGCAACCGCCAGAAGACCAGCAGUCUCUGUGGGCUGCUGUUAGCAGCGGAGGAUAGAUCGCGGUCUCCAUUCAGACAGGAUUCAAGACCUUUAACUCAGCAUCCUGAGUCGGCAAGUUCAAGUAGCACAUCUAGUCGGUUGAGGUACAUUCCAGCAAUGGAUAAGGCAGCUCGAGAAUAUUACGGGCCAGACGUUCCGCUUUAUUCGGAAAUGAAACACAAAAUCGCCGUCAGUAUGGCCAACUAUCACCCGGACUUACAACUGUUUCUUGAUGAAGCAAAAGAAGGAGCCAUACUUUUUAGUCUUGGAUCUAAUUUGAGGAGCGAAAAACUUACUCCAGAGAAGAGGAAAGUCCUAAUGGAUGCAUUUGCAGAACUACCUCAGAAAGUUCUAUGGAAAUUUGAGGCAGACUCUCUACCAGGCCAGCCUAAGAAUGUGAAAAUUUCAAAGUGGUUACCUCAAAGUGAUAUUCUUGGACUGUUGAGCACACAUGAAGCCAUUUACAGAGGUGUUCCAGUCAUUGGAAUACCAUUUUUUGGCGAUCAACCUGUCAACAUUCAGAAAUUAGUGAGCCAUGGUGUUGCCAUUCAGCUAAACUUCAAAGAACUCACGAAGGAAUCCCUUCUUAAGGCCAUUCGCACAAUCCUUAAUGAUUCCAGUUACAGAGAAAAUAUGAAGAAGCUUUCAGCAAAAUUUCGAGAUGAGCAACAAACCCCACUAGAAAGAGCGGUUUUCUGGUCUGAGUACGUUUUGCGUCACAAAGGUGCACCCCACUUACAGUCAGCUGCUAAAGAUCUCAAUUUCAUACAAUACUUCCUUCUCGAUGUAUUAGCAUUUAUAUUCCUUAUACCUGCUUUGUUAAUCACUGUUUUAUAUUGGGCGUGCACUCGAAGAAAAAGAAAUCAGAAUAGAAAGCAUAAGCUUCUUUAAAGUUAUAAUAUUGUAUACGCAUGUGAAAGAUGUUUAUAUAUCACGAAACGGAAUAAAUGAUUCGGUCAGAAUUUAAAAAUAAAAUUUUUAUUUUUGAUAAUAAAAAUACCACAAAGCCAAUUACAAAAAACUGAGAGUACUACAAUAGCACGCAUUUUUGUAAAGUACUUGCCAUUUCUGUAUUUAUUUAUAUAUAGUGUUAGUGCUUGGUAAAAUAUACCUAUUUUGUAUGAAAGUAUGUUUAAAUAAUAAAAUAAUAAUGUGAAACACGCAAUAUUCUGCUUUUAGUACUCUUUCCCCCAAAUAUUCAAGGAAAAUUUGUGAAUGAAUGAUGUCACAAUGAAAAUUAAAAAAGAAGAUACGUUAUUCUGUAAAUUUUUUCGUAGAAUAAAGUACGCUUGUAAA